AUGGGUACCAAAGUAGAAAGUGCUUUCCCCGAUCGACCCCAGUUUCAAGGGUUCAUGAAGCCAUGCCGAUUGGAAGGUGAAAUCCAAGCACUGGAAGUCCGUGGUAGCAUUCCCGAGGAGAUUGAUGGGACGUUCUAUCGGGUGAUGCCCGAUCCCCAGCUUCCUCCGUUUGUGGAGAAUGAUCCGUGGUUCAAUGGCGACGGUAACAUCGCCGCCUUCACGAUCAAAGAUGGCAGCGUGUCAUUCCGUCAACGCUAUGUGCGGACCGAGAAAUUCACUCGAGAACGCGAAGCAAAACGAGCUCUCCUUGGCAAAUACCGUAACAAAUUCACCGACGCGGUAGAGUUCAAAGUUCGCUCAACUGCCAACACCAAUGUGGUAUACUUCAACGGGCAGCUACUAGCUCUCAAAGAAGAUGCUCCCCCGUAUGCACUUGAUCCCGCUACGCUGGAAACCAAGGGUCUCUAUGAUUUCGAGGGUCAGCUCCCUAGUCUGACGUUCACGGCGCAUCCAAAGUUCGAUCCGAAGACUGGAGAGAUGAUCUGCUUCGGAUAUGAGGCCAAAGGUGAUGGCACCCCGGAUGUAUGCUACUACAACGUUAGCCCGGAUGGCAAGUUCACCGAGGUGGUUUGGUUGGUUGCUCCCGUGGCUGCCAUGAUUCAUGAUUUUGCUGUGACGGAGAAUUGGGUCCUUUUCCCUGUCAUCCCUCAGGUCUGUGACAUUGAGAGAAUGAAACAAGGUGGCGAGCACUGGCAAUGGAGUUCGGAGACCCCAUUCUACCUUGGAGUUUUGCCCCGUCGAGGAGCUAAGCCUACAGAUGUCAAAUGGUUCGAGUACAAAAACUCCUUCCCAGGCCACACAGCCAAUGCCUACGAAGAUGAGAACGGCAAUAUCACCAUGGACCUAGGUCUCAGCGAGAAAAACGUCUUCUUCUGGUGGCCCGACGCACAAGGCAACGCGCCCGAACCAAGCUCCAUCCUCUCCCAACUAGUCCAAUUCAACUUCAACCCCCGCUCAGAAGAUCUCAACCUCCCCAGCCCCAAGAUCCUUCAACAGCACAACACCGAAUUCUACCGUAUCGACGACCGCUUCGCUACUCAGCCUUACAAGCACUGCUUCAUGGAUCUUAUGGAUCCCACCCUGGGCACGGACUUCCCAACCAUCGGUCCCAAACUCGGCGGUGGCUAUCCGCUGUACAAUAGUCUGGGCCAUUUUGAUGUAAGCACGGGUAAGACGGAGAUUUAUUUCCCUGGUAGAACGCAUAUGGUGCAGGAGCCUGUUUUUAUUCCUCGGAGUGGAUCGACGGUUGAGGGGGAUGGGUAUCUGUUGGCGCUCAUCAAUAAUUAUGAUAGCAUGUCUAGUGAGUUGCAUUUGCUGGAUACGAGGGAUUUCACGAAGGCAAAGGCUAUUAUUUUGUUGCCUAUUCGCUUGAGACAGGGAUUGCAUGGGAAUUGGGUGGAUGCGGCGGAUUUGAAGACGUCUGCUUGA